CCCUCCCCCCCCCCCGGUUGGAUCCACUCGCAUCGGACCCAACGCGCAUCUCACUCGCUCUCUCUCUCUCUUUGUGUGACGACAGUCGAUGAGACACAUUCCAUGCCGAUCAGCCUUCCAUAUUCACGGUGAGCGAAACCAGGACGCAACUGAGCACGACCAGGGCUCCGUUCCCGCACACUUGAUACCCAUCCCGACGGCGGUCCCGAUGCCCCGCCAAAGGCAACCCGCUCGGUUCUCGAGCGAAGCUCCCUCCGAAUCCUCGACUUCGUCGACGUCUCCGGAUCGCACUGCGGACGAGGAUACCGACUUCUUCACAGCCCAGGCGAAUGACUCGCAAUCGUCGGUCGGCGUCGCGACCCGUGACGCCCAUCCCCAUCAUGACGCCGACUUGUACCUGCCGCCGAUCGGGCGUUUACCCCCGGAGAUUCUCAUCGCCAUCUUCGCGAAACUGUCUUCGCCCUCCGACAUGUUGAGCUGCAUGCGCGUAUGCAGGGGAUGGGCAGCGAACUGCGUGGGCAUUCUCUGGCACCGCCCCUCAUGCAACAACUGGGACAACAUGAAAAGCAUCACGGCCUCGGUGGGAAAAUCGGACAGCUUCUUUCCCUACUCGCAGCUGAUCCGGAGACUCAACCUAUCCGCGCUGACGGACGAUGUCAGUGAUGGCACUGUGGUGCCCUUUGCCCAGUGCAACCGCAUCGAACGUCUCACGUUGACCAACUGCUCGAAACUCACGGACAAGGGUGUGUCGGACUUGGUGGAGGGCAAUCGGCAUUUGCAGGCUCUGGAUGUCUCUGAUCUGAAACAUCUUACAGAUCAUACAUUGUAUACGAUAGCACGGAAUUGUGCGCGGCUGCAGGGCCUCAACAUUACGGGAUGUGUCAAUGUAACGGACGACUCGUUGAUCACAGUGUCUCGGAAUUGUCGACAAAUCAAAAGGUUAAAAUUAAACGGAGUAACACAGGUUACUGACAAGGCUAUCUUGUCGUUCGCCCAAAGUUGCCCGGCCAUCCUGGAGAUUGACCUGCACGACUGUAAGCUCGUCACCAACCCGUCGGUGACAUCGCUCAUGACGACGCUCCAAAACCUGCGCGAGCUACGACUAGCCCAUUGUACAGAAAUUGACGACACGGCCUUUCUGGAGCUCCCCCGGCAUCUGUCGAUGGACAGUCUCCGCAUUCUUGACCUGACGUCAUGCGAGAGCGUCCGGGACGAUGCCGUAGAGCGCAUUGUGGCUGCAGCCCCGCGUCUCCGGAAUCUGGUGCUGGCCAAGUGUCGAUUCAUCACCGAUCGUGCGGUCUGGGCCAUUUGCCGGCUGGGCAAGAAUCUACACUACGUCCAUCUGGGCCACUGCUCCAACAUCACUGAUGCCGCGGUGAUUCAGCUGGUCAAAUCCUGCAACCGCAUCCGGUAUAUCGAUCUGGCCUGCUGCAUUCGUUUGACGGACACGAGCGUGCAGCAGCUGGCCACAUUGCCCAAGCUGCGGCGAAUUGGCUUGGUCAAGUGCCAGAAUAUUACGGACAAUAGCAUUCACGCCUUGGCAGGAUCCAAGGCGGCCCACCACUCGGGGGGCGUCAGUAGCUUGGAGCGGGUGCAUCUGAGUUACUGCGUUCGCUUAACGAUUGAUGGAAUUCACGCUUUACUCAAUAGUUGUCCGCGAUUGACACACCUGAGUCUGACGGGCGUUCAGGCCUUCCUGCGAGAAGAGCUGACGGUUUUCUGCCGCGAGGCACCUUCGGAGUUCACGCAUCAACAACGAGAGGUGUUCUGCGUGUUCAGCGGCGAGGGCGUCAACCGCCUGCGCGACUUCCUGAACCGCAUCAUUCCGCCUCCUCCGCCGACGCGAGACAUGACCGAGGCCACGAUGUAUGAUGAUGAUGAAGAGCUAGAGGACGAGGAAAACCAAGUGACAGGCUUGAUGCAUGCGACCGCCGCGACGGCCAUUCACGACGACGACUACAUUGACAUUGGACAUACCCAUGGUUGAUACCCCCGCCUUCUUACAGCGAGUCUAUUCACAUCGGAGCCUAUCAUUUUGCACUUGCUUGCUUUUAUUUUUUUUUGCGCCGCCUGUGUUGUACUUAUCCGCGUUUUGCUCUGAGGGAGGGGUUGAUUUUCCCUCCUGACUGUUGCAAUGGCUAUUCGGAAAUUUGCAUCGGAUCCGCGGCUCACGGGGAGCUGCCUUCUAGGACAGAGGGAGGCUGUGGUUUAUUUCUCUUUUAUUUCUCUUUCUCAUUCGGUUGGGACGAACAUCUCUGUGGAUUUUUCUUUUUACCGGAAUGAUAUAUACCAGGCGAUGGCAUGGUGCUGUAGAGAAGCAAUCCACGGUGUGCGUGAGUGUAUGGGGGGAAAGAGAAAGGGAGCGAGAGACUAGAUAGGGUAUCUAUUGUUAUCUGCAAAGGAUGGCAGAGCGACCAUGUGCAUGGACGGAGUUUUAGCUAGCAGCAUUUGAAUCCCAGCAUCGGCUUAUUUUU